AUGGGAAAUUUUAACGUAUUAGUUGCUAUUUUUUGCUUUGUACUUUUUUGCUUCCCGGUACUGUAUUGUGAAAAGUUUCAUGAUAAAAAAAUUAAUCUAAAAAUAGAGUUAGUUGAUAAGGAUUUGUUGUUAUCACAUGAGCAUUUGAAGAAAGAGAAGAACAUAAUUCAAAAUGGAAAAAAUAUUAAGAUUAAAAUUUUUGAAAAAAUAAAGGAAAAUAUCCUUGAAAGGGCCUUAAUUGUUCAAGAAAUAGACAAAAUUAAAAGUAUAAAUGAGUCUAUGAGGAAUAAUAGCACCGCAAGUUUACAAAACUUGAGCGACACAGAUGAAGAUGACAAUGCUGAUGAUGACACUGAAUCUGAUGGUGAGGAACAGCAAAGUGAUGAUGGUGAGGAAUAUGUUGUACAAGACGAAAGCAAUAUGAAAGUAAUAUCAACGGAGGAGUCUAUUGAGAAUGAUGUUCAUAUGUUACGUAAGGUUUAUCAGAAAAACUCAGGUGAAGAAUCUACUAUCUACUGUUACAUGAGGUAUACAUUUAAUUUAAAUUUAGAAAAAUUAAGUGAAAAUAAUAAGAGUGAGUUAUUUAAAGGAUUAGAUAAAUCUCUAGAUUAUAUGUCCUUUUUGCCAAAAGGUGAUCAAAGUAAUGAUACGGAAGAGAUACUAGACCAUGAAUACAAGAAAAUGGAUAGAUCAGUCGAAUCAAAUGAUUCUAUCUUAUCAAAUGUCGAGCUAAAAAAUGAUAAUAUUAAUUCAUGCAUCAAUUCGGAAUAUGUCGAAACUAUUGACUACAUUAUUAACUACUUAGAUAGUGCGGAUAGUAGAAUAAAUAUUCCUUCAAUCGUUAAAUACAGAUUGGAAAGUGAAAGAGAUCAUUUAAAAGAGUGCAAUCAUGAAUCAGAGGCAAGAGAUAUUAAGUCGACAUCGAUGUCUGACACGUCCGAUAUCAAUAUUGAAAAUGUUUCACUUUAUGAAAUACUAGGAAAUUUAAAAGAUUCUUUUAUGAUGAAAAAAAAGGUAAUAACUUUAUUAAAGAAUAGCAACACAAAUGGGGAAAAUGGUCAUAUCGACAUAAUCGCAGAAAAAGAUAUAGAUGAAAUUUUCAUAAACUCUGUUAGCAAAAUAUUUUAUUGCUAUGAUAUAUUACAGCAUGAUGGAAAAUUAGAUUCUAUAUUCACGAACGCAGGGGAGGAAGAGGCAGAAAUGGAUGUACAAGGAGAAACAACCCAAACGAAAGAAGUAGGUAUUAAAAGUCACCAAUUUAUAUAUUCAGCAAGUGAAACGAUGGAGAAGGGUUCUUGGGAAAGCACAAAUAACGAGUGUGAAAUAUUUUUCAAAUCAAUUUUACAAAAUAAUAUGUUUGAAAAUCAUUCGGAUGUUUCGGAAAGUAUGAAAAACGAAAAUUUUCAAAUGCACAGAGAGGUAUUACAAGGCAAUGGAAUAAUAAAUUCUGAGGAGGAAGACAAAAGAUAUGAAGAUUCCUCUUUUAAUGUUUCCUCAGGUUUUCCUAUAUCUGAAUCUGACUCUAUGAAUUUGUUCAAUGAAGUUACGGAUCAUGACGAUUACAGUAAUAAGAUGAUUGGUAAAAUGGACAAUAUUGUAAUGGAUGCAUCUACCUUGCAAGAAAACCGAAAGUAUUUAGGAGAUAAUGAAUCAUUUGUUCACAUAUCAGGGGAGAUUCAAGAUUAUGAACUGGGGGACGAAUACGAUGAUGAUUAUUAUGAAGACGACGAAGAAGUAGAAGGCGGACAAGAAUAUGAUGAUGAGGUAGACGACGACGUCGGAGAUAUGGAAGAAUAUAAUGACGAUGUUGAAUACGAUGAUGAAGAUGAUGAUGAGUACGAUGAUGAUGAAGAUGAGUACGAUGAUGAUGAAGAUGAGUACGAUGAUGAGGACGAUGAUGAUGAAGAUGAGUACGAUGAUGAUGAAGAUGAGUACGAUGAUAAGGACGAUGAUGAUGAUGAUGAUGAGGACGAUGAUGAUGAUGAAGAGGAAUACGAAGAGAAAUUCAAUCCUUCAUCUUUAGGAGUUAAAAACACAUUUAGUAAUUUGUUAAAAACUGGGUCUAACCAUUUAAUAGAUAAAGCAACAAACAAAAUUUCUAACGCUAUAAGUAAGAAUUUUAACUUAGACCAACUGUCAAAUAAAGCUAAUAAAAUGGUAGGAAAAAUUAAAAAAUUAACUAAGAAGAGUAUUAAUAAAUCUAAGAAGCACGUAUUAAACGGUGCUUCUCGCAUUAAAAAGGAAGGAAAAACAUUUGCUAAGGAGGCAAAAAGGGUAGCGAAAGAAAAUGUGAAUAAACUUAAAACUGAAGCAAAAAAUAGUGUCGAGAACCUAAAAAAUGUCGGAAAGAAUGGCAUGAACAAACUUAAGGAUGAAACAAAAAAGAAAGGCAAGCAUCUCAAAGAACAAGGGAAAAAUGUCGUUCAUAAUGCUGUGAAUGUAGCGAGCGACGGUGCUAAUAGAAUUAUUAACAAGGCCAUAAAUGGAGUUGAUAAACUUAAAAAGGAAUCGAAAAAAGGUAUAGAAAAAGGGAAAAAAAAAGUGAAAAAGGUAGCACAAAAAGGGGUCAAUAAAGCACAAAAGGUAGUACAAAAAGGGGUAGACAAUGCACAAAAGGUAGCACAAAAAGGGGUCAAUAAAGCACAAAAGGUAGUACAAAAAGGGGUAGACAAUGCACAAAAGGUAGUACAAAAAGGAGUCGAUAAGGUACAAAAAGGGGUAGACAAUGCACAAAAGGUAGUACAAAAAGGAGUCGAUAAGGCACAAAAAGGGGUAGAUAAUGCACAAAAGGUAGUACAAAAAGGGGUAGACAAUGCACAAAAGGUAGCACAAAAAGGGGUCAAUAAAGCACAAAAAGGGGUAGACAAUGCACAAAAGGUAGUACAAAAAGGUGUUGAUAAAGCACAAGAAGGUGUGGAUAAAGCUCAAAAAGUGAUUCAGUCAGGCAUUGACAAAGCACAAGCGAGUGUUGAUAAAAAGCAGAAGAACAUGGAAAAAACCAAAAAAGAAAAAAAAAAAAGCAGUAGUGAAAGUUUCAUUAAUAACACAGCUGGAAAAAGUAAUAAAAAGAAUAAAUUGUCUAACAAUGUUUUAAAAGAAAAUACAGUAAUGUCGAAGGAUAGAUCUAAUUCAAGACAUAAUUAUAUAGGCCCCUUGGGGAAAAAAGGUUUUGCUACACACGAAACUUCGUUAUUAAGUGUGUCUGAAGAACCAAAUGAAAAUACUUUAAAUAGAAAAGAAAUAAAAAGUGAAAUAAAGAAAAUUAACAAAGAAUAUAAAAAAUUGAAAGAAAUGGAAAAAAAAAUAAAGGAUGAAUUAAAAAAUCCAGUGCCUUCUGAUAAACAAAUAAUUCAAGAAUUUCAUGAUUUUGAAAAAUUGAGUGAAAAGAAGAAGAAAUAG